AUGUGGGAUUUGCAGAGUCUCUCUCUAACGCUUGUUUUCCCCCUCCUCUUCUGUUUUCUCAUCUGGCAGGGGGACCCCAUCCCUGAAGACAUUUAUGAGAUUUUGGGCAGCAGCUCAGUGCGCUCCAUCAGCGACCUCCAGCGAGCCCUGCGGAUAGACUCCGUAGAAGAGGAAACCCCGAGCGUGGAGCUGAACGCAACUCAGCCCGGUCCGAACCCUGUGGCGCUGUCUCGAGGGAGACGAAGCAUAGAUGCGCUGGCAGCAGCCGAGCCUGCCGUCCUCGCGGAGUGCAAGACGCGGGCGGUGGUCUUUGAAAUCUCCCGCAAGAUGGUGGACAGCACCAACGCCAACUUUGUGGUGUGGCCACCCUGUGUGGAGGUGCAGCAAUGCUCCGGGUGUUGCAACAACCGCAACGUGCAGUGUCGCCCCACGCAGAUCCGUGUCCGGCACGUCCAGGUGAACAAGAUCGAAUUUGUCCAGAGGAAGCCAGUAUUUAAAAAAGUCGUCGUGCCUUUGGAGGACCAUGUGCAGUGUCGGUGCGAAGCAGUGGCCCACCAGCCCCCAAGGAACAUCCGGCCAGGACAGCGUAAACAGAGACGCCUGCCCUCGUCGUUCACCACAGCCGCCGCGUCGCAGAGGCAACGAGCGCGCCGGCCGCCAGCACAGAAGAGGAAACAUAAGAAGUACAAGCAUGUCAACGAUAAGAAAGUGCUGAAAGAAAUCCUUGUGGCAUAGAAGUGCCAGCAGGGGAGAGAGAGCCCAAGGCAGGUUUAUUUAAUAUAUUUGCUGUAUUGCCCCCAUGGGGUCCUUGGAGUGACAACUUUUCCUCUUUGUCUGUCUGCCUCGACGUCUGAUUCAGAUGGCAAAUGGUGCUUCCCUUUCCACCAAUGGACCUUCUCCCACCAAAGUCUCUCCUUUCUUUCAUUUAUUAACAUCGUUUUAAAGUUUUACAAAAACAAAACAAAACAACAA